CUGAAAGCUCUGCCGAAGCAUCUCGCGUCAAUUCCAGAGGAAAACUGCAAAGAUUCAAUCCGGGAACAAGCAGCGGACUGAGGGUGAGAAGGGUGCAAGAGGCAUAUGCCUCUCUGACUCAUGUAAGUGAUGCAUCAUGAUCUUCUGUGCUUUGGCCGUGUGUUUCAGAGCUGUUGCGGGCUGUUGGGGUGUGAUAUGUCUGAUUCGGUGCCGGACGACCUAUGGCGACGGCGCGUGUUGCCGUGCCUUCUCGUGUGUGAUGUGGUCGCCCUGCGAGAGAGCAGUAUGGCCGGGGCGGCUCUGAUCACGGCCGGGGUACUGCUGCAGCGCAUCGAUGCCUCCCUCGCCCAUCACGAACUCAGUGGCCUCAUCGAUGUCGACCGCGACCCCUCCCGCUUGCCCUACCUGGUGCGGUGCUGCUAUGUGCUGGAGCAGGGCAGCAGCGAGUGGCGUGUGAUGGGCAGGUUUGUCCGCCUGGGCACCAUCUAUGGACUGGCCACCACCAAUGGGUUCCCACUGGUACUGUCGGGGGCGUGCCUGGCCAGCGAGGCGGCCUUUCAUCGGCUGCCGGCCGCCAUGGCCAUCUACAAGACAUUCGCGCAUCUCCUCAGCUACGACGGCCGCAGUCUGGCACUAACAGCCAACCGACGACGGAGAGUAUCGGAUCGCUGCUCUUCUGGAUACGUUUCGUGUGGUGCCGCUGCGUGAGCUGCCCGCCGGUCACCCCUAUGCUGCUAGCUACAAGCGGACUGAUCCCGUCAUCCGCUGGUGCCGCUUUCUCUCCCGAUCCUUCACGGGGUUUCUUCUGCGCCAGAUUGACUACACUUGGAACACUCAUUACCUUAACCGCAAUUCGGUGCUGUCUGCUAGGAACGAG